UACUGGACUUACACUCCGGAAACGACCUCACGGUAAGACACCCUUGGCUAUUUUACUCUUCAGUCUUUCCCCACCCGCUCAUACAUUAUCCCCAAACAUAUCUGCCCGCUUCCCUUCCUCAUCAGCCUUUCUGUCGACAUUGAUUGUGUUCAACUGUUAUAAUUCACUCUUUUUUCUCUCUAAUUUCCUCCGAUCAUCUAUUAUGCCAGAAGUCUAAUCUCCAUCUCACAGAAACUCAAACUUGAAUCUUGCUCUCCACGAUUCAGCCGCCCCUUGCAUUUUCAUUUCCAUCCAUAAUGGCACCUACUCAUCGUCGUGGACCCUGGGUCCCGGAGGAGGAUCAGCUACUCCUACAGUUGGUUCGCGAACAAGGCCCCAACAACUGGGUUCGUAUUUCUCAGCACAUGCACUAUCGCUCUCCCAAGCAAUGUCGGGAGCGAUUCCACCAGAACCUAAAGCCCUCACUAAACCGCGAGCCGAUUUCGGCUGAAGAAGGCUUGAUGAUCGAGCGCAUGGUGAAUGAGAUGGGCAAGCGGUGGGCCGAAAUUGCCCGGCGUCUGGGGAAUCGUAGCGACAAUGCGGUCAAGAACUGGUGGAAUGGCAGCAUGAACCGCAAGAGGAGAGGCCUGCCCACUUCUCCUCACUCUGGACGCACUCUUCACGGACGGAUCGAAGCUCCCUAUGCACGGACUUCUCUGGCGCUGAGCAGCCCCGUUAGCCGAUCCCGCUACUCCUCUAUCUCCAGCGAGAGACCGAUUUCCUCCUGGACCAAGUCUUCCUCUUCCCGCCGGGAAUCCUUCUCAGCAUCUUCCAUCAACUGCCCUCGGCAGUUGACGCCCAUCUUCACCCUUCCCGCCCUGAACCGCCCAGUGGAAACACCUUUGACCUCGCCCACCUACUCAGAUGCACCCUCAAUGGAGCCACCGUCGAUGGUCUCGGAUCACAACUCCGUCUCUUCCUCGCCCAGAACCGUCGCCUCUCCUCAAAUUCUCCCUGUGCCGGUGGAUAUGCGACACCUCUAUGGCGAUGCUCGCAGACAAAGCGCAUCAUCCAUGCAAACCACCGACGAAAGCUACCUCCCCAAUCCCUACUACGGAACCAAAACUCUGGAACCCCUUUCAGAUCUGUCUUUCAAGCAACGAUGGACUUCCGACUACCAGCCGUGGAACCGACCAUUUUCCUUAUCGUCACCUACCUGGUCUGUCGCUUCAGAAGAUAAGACCGGAUCGCCACGUGAUUCCCGCAUGGGUCUGCAAAAUCUACUCAAUUGAUUAACGACGGUCCUUUCGUUGACCUGCUGAGAACGAUUGCAUGACUCCUUUUACUUCACCACGACACCUCCAGCCAUUUCUCUGUAUACUUGAGAGCUCCGACCGACCCUUGUCACUCUUUCCUGAUUGUCUUCCCUAUCUUUCCUUUGUCUUCAUACC